GCUAGCUGGAGGCUAACCCAGCGUCGCUGCUCUCAGACGGCGCUCAGCGGGACUGAGGGGAGAAUCGGCCGCUCAGUGAUGGCGAGCGCUGCGCUUUUCCUCACCGUUUAGCGGCCGGACAUGGAUCCACGACGCGGGAAGCGGCGCGGGCUUUUAGGAAUGAAAUAAAUACGUGUGUGAAUGUGUGAAACAUUAGUUAGCGUUAGCGGCUAGCGGUUUUGGCGCUCGGGCUGGCUAACUUUGAGCUGUGCCGUGAUUGAGCGUUAGCUUGGCUAACAGGCUAGCAGGCUAACGGCUAAGCUGCCUGUGGAGUAGUUUCGGGCUCCGUGCGUUAGCUUAGCCAGCUAGCUUCAACUCCACAGCGCGGAGAUAUUUAUUUACUCAUAAGUCUUACUAAAAAAACAAACAAACGGUGGAUUAAAACCAGUACAUCUUUCAAGCUCAGAUGUGAUGCUGUAUCCCUGUCACUCUGUGUGUGUCGUUACAUCACAACCCGCUCUCACUUUCUGUUCACGAGACAGCGAUGUUCGCCGAUAUCACUAAACUAAACGGGUCCAUUUGAUCCAGUUCGGAACCAUGCAUGAUCAGCUGUGUUCAGAAUCUGGAGAAGGUUCAGUCGUCAUCAUCCUCCUCACUGAUGAAGAAUGAGUGUGUGUGUGGUGCUGGGGACUGAAUCAGGAACCCUGAUGGCUGGAUCUGGGUAUCAAAUGGUUGUGUGAAGAACCAUGGGAAGCUGCUGGAGCUGUCCAGAUAAAGAAUCCAUACCUGACAAUCACCAGAGCAAGUUCAAGGUGGUGAACGUUGAUGAUGACGGUAAUGAGCUCGGGGCUGGGAUCAUGGAGCUGACUGAGGACGAGCUCGUUCUCCGCACACACAAGUGUGAUGCAGUCAGGUGGCCUUACCUAUGCCUCCGUCGCUAUGGUUACGACUCUAACCUCUUCUCCUUCGAGAGUGGUCGCCGCUGCCAAACUGGGCAAGGAAUCUUUGCGUUUAAGUGUGCUCGAGCGGAGGAGAUCUUCAACAUGCUGCAGGACAUCAUGCACAACAACAGCAUCAGCGUGGUGGAGGAGCCUGUGUUUGAACCUGCGCUCACACAUACACACGUCGAGCCGGAUGCUCCGCAAACGCCCCGUACUCCCACCGGUGGCGCACUUCCUGUUUUACCCAAUGGGAGCCUGCGGUACCCGUCACUAGGUGACGCCUCCUCCCACCCCUCUAGUAGGCACCCCUCAGUGGGCAGCACCCGUCUGCCAUCUGUGGGAGAAGAAUCCACACACCCGCUGCUGAUGCCCGAUGAUGGCAUACGGGGCCACACGUAUGUGAACACUACAGGCCUCCUGGAGGAUCAGCAAGUAGGGGCAGGACAUGGAGAGCCCCCUGCCCCCCACAGCCCAGCCCCAGAGGGGGAGGAGCCUGUACAAGCCCCAGACCCUGGUCCUCGGGUACAGCUGGAGCGUGAGGGUGUGAGGUUCGUGUUGGGGCCGACGCCCGUGCAGAGGCAGCUCAUGGCCAGGGAGAGGCAACAAGAUGCAGGUGCGUCAUCUGGCUCCACCCUCAACUCGGCUAAUGGGGGCGUGGCCGCUACAGAGGUGACUCCAGAGCACUCGAACGGUCCCGUGUUUGGCCCAUCACGCCGCAGGCCCCGCCCCCCUCCUCUCAGCCCAGAUGCUAACGUGAACAACUCGGCCCAGCGCAGGACAGCGCUGCUGGACUAUGAGAACCUUCCCUCGCUCCCUCCACUGAGGGAGGACCCUAAAGCAGGUGACGAGGAGGAGGAUCAGGACCAGGCUGCCAGGACAAAAACGCAGCCGCCCAACGGUUACCACAGCGCCGACUCUACCCACCUCUACAUCAACACAGAGAACGUAGCAGCAGCGAUGUGGCCAGAGUCAGCGCCUCUGAGCGCAGGGUGGGUGGAGUCUGGGCCACUCAGUGCUGGGAGGGUGGAGUCAGGGCGUUUCAGCGUGUUUAACUUCGACCUGCGGCGUCCGUGUGAGCCGCACACGCUCAACUACAUUGAAGUUGAAAUGGACCCAGGCUCGGACUGCAGUACGCCCAGGACGCCACACACACCCGCCUCACCGCGCCCUCCCACGCCUACCACAGCCCCAUCUACGGCCACGCCCACACGCAAGACCGAACUGUAUGCAGUGAUUGACGUGGAACGCACAACAGCCAUGUCGAAUCUGCAAAGAGCGCAACCGCGUUAUGAUGGUACGUCCAGGAAAACCAGACACAACAGCGUAGACCUGCCCAUGUAACCCCACCCACUCCAUCUGACUGACCCCUCCCACUUUGUUUUCCUCUAAAACUUUAUAAGAAACCUUUAAAAGGCACUCAGCAGUUUUGUAACGCUGUAGAACAGAGCGAUGGUUUGUUUUUGCCGGUUGUGCACUCGCCAUCCUGCAUCUCAGCGUGACCUUUGACCUUCACCACACGGCUGGACUGCAGUCUGUGUUCAUUCCAUACGGAUCAGUAUUACUGAUGGAGCAUUCCUGUUUCUGUUCUUUUGUUGUACUUUUGUAUUGAAAUGACACUACAGGUUGUUUAUAAUUUCAGUAUCCAGGGACUGUACGGUACAUGAUAGCUGCCAUCUUGCUGACUACAUUUAGAUUUCACUACAGCACAAUAAAAGACUUUAUUUUGUUUGAUUCA